UCCUCGACUGACGCAAUCUAUGAGGAAAAUAAAAGAGAGAGAGAAGGGGGGAAAAGAACGAUUUCGCGUUACCAUGGAAACCAGUUUGUCACUUUCUCUUCAACUCGGCUGAUUGGUCGAAUCGUUCGUGCUCGAGAUUCAAGCUGCAGGCUCGUAGGAAAGAGAAAGUUGCAGAGCCAGACCGGCUCAUAGUCGAUAGUCGGUCGUAAUGGCGAUAGGACGUGGUGUUAGAAUGUGAACGAAUAAUACAACAAUAGGAAAAUAAAAAAAAAAAUGAGUACGCCGUGGACGAAAUGGAGUACCGAGACUGUAUCACCUCGUGAAUUUUUGCGUAGGUAUCAUUUACCACAAAUAGUACGUAUACACGAGAAUUGUGUUCAAGGUGCUUCGCCCAUACCUGCAAAACUCGAUUUAUCACAGCCUAUAUUACUCUAUCAGGCUUACAUGUGUAGAAAGGUUUACGCUCAUAGUUUAGACAGAGAUGUUAAAGCCGGUAUGAAGAUUGUUGAACCUUCUCUUGUCAUACCCGAUUCCUAUCCAGGGUGGAUAGCUACCGUAACGGAUGAUGGACACACGGCUGGCUACUUUUCGACUGUGGAGCAGGUGGCGAGAUCUGAAAUACCAUACUUUCUUUUAAGAGAAAAUAUCGUCGCUUACAAAUUAGUAGAAACGCCCUCGCAUAGACAUGGGAAGAAAAGCGUUUACGAAAAAACUAGUGUGAUGUCUGGUCAGGUACUUCAAUUUCUAGGUGUAUACGAAGAUACCAGCGUCAGAUCGGCCGCUUCCAGCAGGAUACAUACCAGAUAUGCCAGGUGUUUCUCUCCUCGUGAAGGCAUUAUUUAUCUUCCGUUCCUUACCUGUGGCAAAUUCUACGCCGUAGCCAAACAGGGCACUCACUCAGUGAAUCAUGUCUUUAUGGUAUCUAAUCUUUUAAGGUCUAAGACACUAAAACUGCCUGCAACAGUUAGAAUCGUUUCGGGUAGUAGACCCGAAGUGCCUUAUCAUUUUACUGGUUUUCUCAGACUCGAAGAAAUAAUUGAGCAACACGUUAUCUUGGGAUGUACCUUCAGAGGCAAGAAACCCGUACUGUUGGAGAUCGACGUAGAUUCGGAUUUCAAUUUCCGUCGAUCUAUCGACGACCUUCAUUAUAGGCAAACUAAACAUUUUGGUCGAAUGCUUCAGUAUUGUCUUGACGAAGGUGAACGGUGGAGAAGGCAGAUAAAAGUGGCUUAUCACGUAGUGCCUCAAACGCCUAAAGAAAAGCGUUGGAAAUCUUCCGUGGGUAGCAAUUCCAGUAGAGGAGGAAAGCUACCUCCUCUUCCAAUUCCCAAGACUUGUAUCACUACCAAUUUUGAUGAUAGCGAUUCGGCUAUGAGAUCGAAUACUAUCAAUUCCGUUUCUUCUAAGGGUUCUUCUUUCACUUCAAAAUCUAGUAAUUUCUUUAGUCGCUUUUGGAAUUUGCAUAGACCAAAGUUUACCGUUUCCAGUAGAAAAAAAUGUGAUUUUUCGGCCACGGAAAGUGUCAGCGAAUUCUCUUAUUGUGGUCAUUUGUACGAAAGUGUUCCCAACCAGAGUGACAACAGAAUGCAACAAGAUGUUUGCUUCCAUCUUACUCGUGAUGGCGGAGAUGACGGUUACGGAACUGGUCAGCUGGAUGGUGACGAUUCGACUUAUGAUUCAGUUAAUUAAACAAGAAAUUUAGCUUUGUGUCGUGGAAAAUUAUGUGUUUUUCUAAAU